AUCAUUUCACACGUCGUCGUCGUCAUAGUUGAUUUGAACUUAGAUUUUGUCCACAGAAAAAAAAUAUUAAGGCCAAAAAAUUUGACCUGAAAUAACACUUACUCACAUACACCAAACAAGCCAAAACACAAAAAAACCACAACAGGAUGCAAUAAUCGCGAUUGAAAACAAUAUUUUUUGUUUUUUUCGUACACCAGGUAUCCAGGAUGUUUGUCACAAUCACCUAGGAUUCCUUAAAUUUUUUGGACUUUUUGCUUUUGAGAUUUUCGUUUUUUUCGUUUAUUUUACACCAUUUUUUCCAUAAUCAAAAAUAUUGAUCAAUAUCACUCAAGUAGAGAGAUCCAUCAACCAAAGAAAAAAGAACGUUCGAAGUUUGUCACAAAAAAUGUCUUCUUCGUUAUUAUUAUUCCUUUGGAUUUCAACAUUAUUGACAGCUUUCAAUGCGCAAGAAUAUUAUCCUUAUGAUAAUCAAAAUAUAAUUAUUCCAAUACGACAAUGUUAUCUGGAUUAUGAUUGUCCAUAUCCAAAUUCCGAAUGUGGAUGGCUGGAUCGUCAACAUGUUUGCAAAUGUUUACGUGGUUAUCGAUGGAAUGGACAACAAUGUCAAUUUGGAAAUCAUCAAGAUAAUCAUCAUAAUGAUGGUUGUUGGAAUGAUUGGACAUUUUCCAAUUGUACACCAUUAAUGACUAUUGCAAUCAUAUCAUUAUUUAUUAUUGUUAUUGUUGCAUUUUUUACAAUUGUUACCUGUAUUAUUGUUAGUUGUACAAAAAGAUAACCUGAAAAAAAAACAAAAUAAAUGAAUUAAUAACCGGAUUACGUCUUAUACGAAUAGCACACAGUGUCACGUGAUUAA